AUGGCAUCCGUUAACACACUCCUGGAUGAUUGCAAUGCGAUAGUGAACAGGUAUAAGGACGACGACGGUGUUCGUCGGUCCAUCGCCGAUCAGAUUCUUGGCUAUACAGAGCACUGCCUCAACAAUGCACUUCAGCUCAUCAGCAACUACACUCUGCGAAGGAGUUAUCUCGACAAAAUGAUGGAUCACCAACUGCAACUCUUCCAAGCGCUGGAGGAGUUGGACACUUCGAGUGGAGAUGCUGUGGUUGAUUUCACCGAAUCCAUUCAGGAACACGACCGAUUGGUCAUGAGGUACAUGAGGUUGAAUCUCAACCCUCAUGCUUCAGCAGAAUUCUCAAGAUAUCUCAGGAACGUCGGCAUUGGCUUUAACGAUCUAGUUCGAAGUUUCCAAAGUAGGCUUGGCUAUACGGGACGGUUUGAGGACUUGAAAAUAGAACAAAAGCUAGAGAUAAUCUGGGACGUGUAUUCGUCGGACCACCCAAUCACGACGGCUACGAGAGAGGCCUUAGUUCUGGCAGCAGAAACAGGUGGAGCAGCUUUGGGAAAGCUCGUGGGAGUUGCUGUAGCGACUCAGUUAACUGGUCAAGCAGCUACUACGUUGUUCGUCAUGGCCGUCGGACUAAUCGGAGGAUUUGUGGGAGAUUUUAUUCUUGGAGCCGUUGCCGGCUUCUUGUUUGAUCGGAUUUUCAGCUCCGGUGGGGAAGCUGUCCUUCCGACUAAUGGCUUUAUACUCUAUGUUGUAGCAAAAGGUGAAACCCUCGCCUCCAGGGCCCCUACCGACCAGACCCACGACCAUUGUGAGGGAGGUAAAUCGCAGCACCCGAGCUAA